CUCGAGCGUGGUGUCCCCACCUCACCGCGCAGAUAGACACUCGCGCAUAACGUAUAUACGGAAACAAACAAAACGAGCACCCAUCGCAGGAUUGUUCACCUUCCAAGAUGCCUCUCGACCUAUGCGAUGCGAUCCAUAUGUAUAUGUACAUGCACACACCGGCCGGCCGGCGGGUGAGUCUGUCUGUCUUUCGUAUGACUCAUUCGUAUCGCACCCUCUUGGCCGGAUGAGCUGACCACAACGUGUCACAACAGAACACCACACACCCGCCAUACAGACACACUCACUCAGAAGCUGUCUGUGUUGACUGACAGGUGUGGUGUGCUGUGCACCUGUGGAGAACUCCGGUUUGAGACGAUAGUACUGCUUCUUGUCCCCAGGCUGCCUGAGAGCCGAUACAUGUACACACCACAUCCAUCUGUCACUGCUCAUCAAUCACCCUCUGUCUGGCUGGCUUACUUGUCAUUGUCGGCGAUCAGCUCCACCACACUCUUCAGGUGCGUCUGCCACACACAAACACAAACACACAAACAAACAAACAAACACACACACACGCACACACGCAUGACGCGCCGCGCCGUACCUCACACCGCCCCACAGACAGACACAGCCACACAAGCGCAGCGUACGUGUGGCUGGUUGGUGCGGCCGACGAGGUCCUUGAUAUUCCACGCAUCCUGCGACUCGAACAGGCGGAACAACACAUCCUUCAACUUGUCGGGGUCCAUCGGCGGGUCACGCUGCUUGGCUGCCGAACACGACACAUGGAUAGAAGAAACCUCAUGUGGUGUGGUGUGCGAGUGCGGGUGUGUGGGUUGCUGCGUGGCGUACGCACAUGGAGGUUUCCUGGAGGCCUGCUGUGCGACUGCAGCCCUGGCGGGGGCGGGGCGGCCCUCAUCCGAACUGUCGUCGUCUGCACACACACACAUAGAAGGGCAGGGCGGGUGGCCAAGUAGGUGAGAGCAAUCGACAGAUGGGUGCAUUUCGCGGCCGUACCGUCGCCUCCAGGGCCUCCUGCCCUGAUGGCCACAUCCGGCUUGUAGUAGCUGAACAACUGACCGUUCACACACACACACACACACACACACAUACACACAUACACACAUACACAGGGGGCAUCAAGUGUGUGUGUGUGUUCGAAUCAGUCAUUCCCCGACUGACCCUGGGUUGGUGGACACCCGACGUCCGCUCAUUGGGGUUGGUCUCGAUGGUCUGCACGCGACGCUCUGAUGCACACAUCACAUCCACACACAGACACACCGACACACAGACACACCGACACAUCGAGACAGGCACACGUGUGUGUGAGUCGGUGUGUGCAUGGGCCUACUGACCAGGUUGUGCCAGCUGUACCCUCUUUUUCAGUUUCUGGCAGACACAGAUACACACACAGGGCUCACAAGUGAUGCCAUCCGUCCGACCUGACCUCCCCUGUGUGUCUGGACCUACCUGUUGUGCGGCGAGGUCAUCACUGAAGGGCACAAGGGUCGACGUGGUUUGCACCUCACCCUCCAGACUCAUCACGGCCUCGCCACCCUACACAAAUCAGUGCAUUCCUCUACCUGUCUGUCUGUGCUCUUUGCUGUGCGGCUGGUGUUGCUGAGCGACCUGUGUGGCGAUUCCCUUGACGUAGACGCCCUCGGUGGGUUUGCUCUGCACCUUGUACUGCCGUAUCGACGACCCGUCCACCCCCAUGCUGCUGCUGGCGGGCGUGUGCGGAAGCACCAGACGCUCCUGCCAGCAGCAACGCGCACACAACACACACAUACACAACACACGAUGAUGUGUAUUGCCGGUUGUGUGGAUGUUUGUGUGUGUGUCAAUCGCACCAUUUUCCGUUCCCUGACAAUGUGUCCGAGGAUCUCUGAGGGCUGCGCCUGGUUCCACCGAUCUGCCACAGCCUUGGGCACCUGCAGGCAACACAGAUCUCAUCAGAUCAGCGUCAGCUCAUGGUUGCGUGGCGUGGGUUUGUGUGUCAGGUGAGUGACCUUGAGCAGCCUGACAGGCAGUGGGUGGACCUGCACCUGCACGGGCGGAUUCAGCCCGUUGCUGGCGCUCUCUGACAUCCCUGGCGACGAAGAGGAAGGGCCG